ACGAUCGUGGUGGAACCCUCACUCGCACCCCAGUACCCGGUGCCGAUCAGCCGAGGGUGAGAUUCCUAUCCGAAACGGAGAAGACGACCGGGAACGUCGGGACUUUGUCUUACAUCUCUUCCCCUUUUUCACGGAUUUUCGUGAGCGCGAACCGUGACCCGAGCGACCGCAUCGCGAAGCAAUGAGAUCCUGGUUAUUGUGGUUGUCCCUUCUGUUGGUCGUCCUGGCUGACAGAGGCUUUGCCAGUCCUUACUUCGACGACGGUGAAGACGUAGGCGAUUUCCAAGGUGGCGACUCCUCGGAUUAUACAGACAAUGCUUUGGAGAAUCUGAUGCGAGCGGCACAAAAACGUACCUCGUUGAUAUACUUGUUUAGGCGGGCUUGCAUAAGACGCGGGGGCAACUGCGAUCACCGGCCGAAGGACUGCUGCUACAGCUCCAGCUGCCGGUGCAAUCUCUGGGGCUCCAAUUGCCAGUGUCAACGGAUGGGUCUCUUCCAGAAGUGGGGCUAAGCUACCUCCUUUUCUCUCUUCCUUUCCCCCCCCCCUCCACCGUCCCCCUUUCCCCUCCCGCCAUUCUAAGUCCUCCUAAGUCUUCCUACGCGCGUUUCCCGUUUCCCGUUUCCUUUUUCUUUCUUUUCUUUUCUCUCUUCGCUUUUAUUACGCGGGAGAUUAUCCCGACAACAAUAUCCUCCUCCUCGAGCACACUCGGACGUUCCUUCCGUACAAUUUAACCUCCCACCCGAUAUAUUUAUAUAUCCUAUGGGAAUAAUUCUCCAACGUUUUCAAUAUUGCUUAUCAAUUUAUAUUCUCGACUAAAAUGAAGGCCUCGAUGAUACGCUUGAUACCGUUUUUGUUCAUGUCCCUUGGAUCCUUUUUCGUCGCGAUAAUACGCGAUAUUAACUUGGAACACGGUACUCUCGAAAAACCUCUGCAUGUUUUUCCACGAUAUCUCAAGUCUCCCUCAAGUCUACCUCUCUCGCGAUAUUCGAUAGAAGAGAACUGCGCUAAUCAUUUAAUUAUGCUUAACGAUUUUCUCCUUCUAGAUCGUAACUUCAAUUAUAAUAUCGAUAAUGCGACAAAUAUAAUUAAUUGAUAGCCAAUUAUAAUGCAAUCGAUCCUUAUCGAAGAUCGCGAUUCUCGUGAGAAUUAUUAUAUUAAAUGACGUUUUACUCUGAUCGUUAUAUUUCUUUUUCUUCGUUAUAUUUCUUUUUAUUCGUAUUCACUAUUUAUUUCAUUAAAAAUACUCUUUCCUAAAUCCCUGCUUGGAUUUUUCAUCGUUUCAUCAACGAAGGACAUCAUCAAAUCGGAGCAAAAUAUAACGAACAUCAAAGGAUUAAACGUUCUUUUGGAUCCGAUUGGAUUUUCCGAAUGCGACGCACAAAGAAUACAGCCAUGAAAAUGUAUCUAUAAUUUCAAUCCCUAUAGUUUCCGCCUGUUGCAAAAUAAAAAAUAAUUGAUAAGUCGAAAUAUAAUCAAUUUCACGAAUAUUUAUUCAAUUUUGGAUAAGUUUGGAAAAUAUUAUAUGUAUAAAUGUAUAAUAAAAUUGCGUUUACUUUGUAACGACGAUAAUAUUGCUUAUCAAUUCUUCUUUGAAAGAUCUUUGAUUGAAAAGGAAAGUUUUUGUCACUCAUAUACUUUCCUACAAAAUUUAAAAAUUUAAUUUAAAAAAUUUAAUUUUUAAUUUAACUAUAAAUAAAUCACUGGAAAAAAUACGUUCAAACUAACAUAUAUUUAUGUUUUAAUAUAUUUAUGUAAAAUUGUCAAACAUAAUUAGGCUUGAUUCCGCUGCUCCUUUUCGACGAUACUUUCGGACCUUCAAGAGUUUAUCUACAGAGAAUCUAUAUAAUUCGACUCUCCCGUUAUGAAUAAUAAAAUCUACGAAAAAUCUCGACAUUAGAUAGAAGUGUAAUUCUUUAUGGCGAAUCAAACAAGAUUCUCACAUAUCUACGGAACUUUGCAAUCUUUCUGGAUGGGAUGAAAAAUUCGGAAAAAACGUUAAAGAGAAUUAUAAAUUACGAGAAUUACUGCCCUCUGAUUGGAGAUAUCUCUCCGGCCACUUUCGCCAAUCAGAUCGUCGGUGUUCCUUAACCGUUAUUCCAUCAAGAAUGAUUGCGAAUAAUCGAUAGAAUAAUUAAGAUUCAGUGUAACGGGAGAGGGAUUUCUUCCGGUCAAGUGCGGAAAUCGAGACGAUCAAGAGGACGUGAAAUCAUUGUAUAGUCGUCUCGGCAGAGAGAUAAUUAAUAUGUAUAUGUGUCUAAAAUGACGGCGAUUUAUUUAAAAGCAUAUUUUGACAUGUAGAUACACAGACGACAUGCAAUUUACAUUCUCUGUACCAUCUCUUGAACUUUAAACACAUUAUCUACUUAUAUAUGUAUAUGCAUACGAAUUAUAAAGUAUAAAUACUACAAUAAUAAAUGUUAUGCAUUGUAUCUGAAGGUGGAUGUACACGUAUAUCGAUAUAUAUAUAUAUA